GAGACACAGUGACCACCAGAAGGGGAGAGAGAGCGCGGUCUGUUGAAACAGCAGCUGUCCUACCGAUAUCAAGGACCCAGAGAUAGGGACCCCAGUAUCUCCACGUAUCUAGCUGAUCAAAUUCUCAUCACUUGAUGUGCUAGCUUAUUGAUAGUACCUGAUUAAUAUACACCAGGGGGUCCCAUUCAGUCAAAUUUUCUGAUGUGGAAAUUACAAAUUUUCGUGUGUGUCGUUGCAGCAGCAUCAUUGCGCUGUUCUGAAGCAGCUUUACCACCAUCUUGUACGUUUGACAAUGGAUGGUGUCAGUGGCGACCGCUCAUUAACUCACGAGGAUUUACCUGGCACUUAGGGAGUAAUUCUACACGGGAUAGACUCUCAGGACCAGAUGGAGACCAUACAACAAAGUAUGGCAACGGAAGCUACAUUUUCAUCAGAGGCCAUGAUGGCCGAAACUCCUCAAUCGCAGUUGUAGAAUCUAACGUUGACGUCACUUCCGAUCUACAAAUAUCAUUCUGGUAUUAUAUGAAUGGAGUUGGCAUUGGAAAAUUGACAUUGGGCAAAGUUGAAAAUGGAGCGAAAACGGUGCUCUGGGAAAAACAGGGACGACAAGGGCCCUCGUGGAUUCAAGCCUCGGUCAAUUUGCCCCGGGGGAGCUACGUGAUCAGCUUCAGUGCCACUGCCAGAUUGAUUUAUGGGGGAGAUUUAGCCGUUGAUGACGUAGAAAUUGCUCCAAUUACCACGACAACACAUGCCCCAACAUCGACUCUACCGCCAUCUAGGAAACUUCCCUUCGCCUGCAAUUUUGACCUAGGACCAGGAGCAUGUGGCAUGGAUCUCAUUCCAUCCAUCGGAAACAAUGUUGGUUGGAACAUAACAUCUAAGACCUUUACACACCUGGGCUAUACAUACAUACCUGGGGAUUCCUCGGGACAAAAAGGUAAUUACCUUCUUUUAAACAACUGGAAUCUAGGUGAGAAUGGUGAUGCCGCACAAAUCGUCUCACCUGUCCUACAAAAUGCCGGGGUUGCGUGUCUGAGUUUUAAGCUUUAUCAGGCGAAAAUUUCUAGUGGCACGCUGUCUGUGUACCAGAGACUGCUUCCCUCCAUGGAACUGGUGCUUCUAAGCGAGGAGGCGAAGAAGUCCUCCAGGACGCCCUCAGAAUGGAAAACAGUAAUGAUCACAUUGAGAAAUUCGAAAUACUUUCAGAUUGUACUGGAAGGUUCCUACACGGGAUAUCUUGGUUCAGUAAUCGGUGUCGACGACAUAAAAAUAGAAAACGGCGAUUGUAUACUCACUACAACUUCCGGUACUACGACUUUAACCUCAACACAACAAACAUUACCACCAACAAGUUCACUGCAGUCAACCAAACUUACUGAAUCAACAGAUACCAGAACAACACAGGUCGGUAUAUCAUCUAAACUCACAACAAAAACAGCGCCACUUUUGACAACGCUAAUAUCGUCGCCAUCAUCAACACUUUCUAGUCGGUCGUCACCAGCAACAACGUCAACCGUAGUGUUAUCAACCUCAUCAUCAACCUCAUUAAAAUCGACUUCAACAUCGCCGACGAAACAUGUGUCAUCAACAACGACAUUGUCAUCUAGUAUUUCAUCGCCAGCAACAACUUCAUCAAUAGUUUCAUCUACUUUGUCAUCGACAGCAACAACUUUAUCCAUUGUACAAUCAACUUUGUCAUCUAUCUCACCAAAAUCAUCGACCACAACAGAGCCAAAGAAAUUAUCAUCAACAAAAUCGUCAUUUAGUAUUUCAUCGCCAGCAACAACUUCAUCUAUAGUGCUAUCAACUUUGCUAUCUUCUUCACUAAAAUCUUCACCUAUAUCAUCAAUGACGAGACCUGUAUCAUCAUCAACGACACGGGUAACGUCAACGGUAUCACCGACACCCUCUACGUCAUCGCAGUUGCCUACUUUGAAAUCAUCGACGCAGUCAUCAACUUGGACUCCAAACCCAACAGUUCUCUCUUCUUUGCUCUUAACCAAACGUCCAGCAAUUGUAUCUACAACUUAUACUCAAACCAGCAAAACAUCUACAGGAGACAUAUUGUCGCCACAAUCAUCGACUUCAUCAUUGUCAUCGCCAUUAACUUCCACAUUUUCGUCGGAGAUUCCUCUGACUACAAACGUAUUUAAAACACUGUCUAUUUUACAGUCGACGACGACAACAAAGUCGACGACAAAAGUCGACACAAGCAAGACUUCGACAUUAACAUCGCACAUACCGGAAGUGAAAUCAUCGACUAGUUCUCCAACCGAAGCGCAUAAUACAGCCGGAAGAGAGACAACAGCCAUUGUCCUAGGCGUUUGUUUGCCUAUCAUUGCUUUAGUCAUUGUAUCUGUGAUUGUUUUGAUUUGUAAGAAGGACAAUGGCAGUAAGUUGAAUUCAAUUCAAAACCAGAAGAAAAUCCGGAAAGAAGAGAAAAAUCCCAAUGACAACAUUGAAAUGACCACUAAAGACGAUAAUAAAGACCAAGUGGCAGUGACAGGUUUCCGUAAACUAGACACGUGAUUCUGGCAGCAUAAUACAGAGACCGAGAUCUUCGCCAUAAUAGUUGCACUGUUGUUAAUGCACAUACGCACAAAUGUUGUUGUAUUUAUUGUCAUUUAUAGUACAGUUUUUUAGUUCAACCACGAGCACUUUAAACACACUCCACGAUUUUAAAGAAAACAGAGAAUUAUGAUCAUAUAUCAGCAUGCAUUUUUUUUUUAAAUGUGUAAUUUUUUAGCAUUAUUUUAAUGACAUAGUAGACUUUUUGAAACAUAAUUUCCAAUUUGAAAGGAAUUAAUUUCACAACAUGAUUUUAAAAAUUUUAAACUAUCAACUAUCAUUUCAAGAGUUUAUUUUUUAUUUUGACUAAAGAUUGAAAAUACUGGUAUGGUCAAUUAAAACCACUAGUAAAACAAAUACAUGUACUAAGAGUUAAUUGA